AUGCCAAUUAGUCAAAUAUCAGAGCAAGACGUCCAUAGAAUCACAUCAGGCCAAGUCAUCAUUGAUUUGGCGUCCGCUGUAAAAGAGCUGGUAGAGAAUAGUUUGGACGCUCAAGCAACCCAGAUAGACAUAACGUUCAGAAAGUACGGUAUAGAUGGACUAGAAGUGUCUGAUAAUGGUACAGGAAUUUCGAAGGACGACUAUGAGAGCCUCGCCCUAAAACAUCACACUUCAAAGAUUAAAAAUUUUGACGAUGUAUUAACAAAUAUCAAUACCCUAGGAUUCCGUGGAGAAGCUUUAUCAUCAUUAUGUGGCAUUGCUCGAAUGGCAGUCAUUACUACUACACAGCCUCCGCGUGCUGAUAGACUUGAAUACGAUAUGGCAGGCCAUCUUUCAAGUAAAUCCACCACAACAAGAAAUAAAGGUACCACCGUAAUAAUAAGUGACCUAUUCCACAAUCUUCCAGUUAGACAAAAGGAUUUUGAAAGAACAGCUAAGAGGCAUUUCACUAAAUGUAUUACUUUAUUACAGAGUUAUGCAAUUAUAAAUGAGAGCGUAAGAAUUACAGUAACUAAUAUUACCUCCACUGGCAAGAAAAACAACAUACUUUCAACAGCGGCAAACCAAAAUUUAAACAAAAGAAUUAUUAGCAUAUUUGGUUCUACAAGUUUAAGGGGCCUUUCACCGAUAUCACUAACUUUGGAUAUGAAUCCAUUUAAAAAGAAUAUUAAGAGUCGAUACGUAGACGACCCCGAUUUUGACAAUAUGGACUAUAAAGUAAAAGUCACCGGAUUAUUUUCGCAGAAUUCUUUUGGUUGUGGCAGAACUUCUAAGGAUCGUCAAUUUAUUUUCAUGAAUAAACGCCCGAUUGAUUAUCCAGCUGUGGUUAAAUGCUGCAAUGAAGUCUACAGAACAUAUAAUAAUGUCCAAUAUCCCAUGUUCAUAUUAAAUUUUGAACUUACACCUGAUUUAAUCGACGUGAAUAUAACACCAGAUAAGAGAACAGUAGUGUUGCAUAAUGAGCAAAGUGUUAUCGAUGUUUUAUAUGAAAAUUUAAGCGACUAUUUUGAUACACAAGAUAUGGCACUACCCAAAGAAGAACCACAGGAUCAUAUUUCAAAAAGGCGAAGGUUAUUAGACCAUCCAUCGGAUUCUGCUGAUGAUGGAUCCUCUUCACAGUUAGAAAUCAGUUCAACAAAUGAAAGCUCUUUUGUAACCCCCAUUGAGAUGGACAUAACUGAGCUAGUAGAGACUAACAGCUUUGAAUAUGACGGAAAGGAGUCUUUGCCGGCAUCAGAACCGGACUUUCGUAACGAUAUAGAGGAUGAUAAUAUGCAAUGCAAUAGCAGUCCUUCAAAAGAGCCCCACUCUCCAGAUGAUAAUUACAAUGAAAUUCAUAAAGAACAAGAGUUAUCUGAGGUAUAUGCCCCACAAAGAAAUCUCAGAAGACCCAAGGUAGUGAACAUAGAAGAGUUUGCUAACCCUAUUCAUGAACCAGAAAGUUAUAUAGCUAAGAAUGGGUCGCCUAAAAAGUCACAAGAAUCACUUAUACUACAAAUCGACGACAAAGUGUACAAGCAAACUGUAACAGUGAAUAACAAUAGCGAUAUUGUAUCAAUAGAGAAUAUAACUCCAAGCAAAGAAUACGACUCCCAACAUAGUACUGCAAGAGAGAAUGAUAGUAAGACUGAAAGCCAAGAGACAGAUUCAUGCGAAAGUUGCAAAGAUGAUUCUAACAUACCUGGAUUGAGAUCGAACGAUGAAUUGCUCGAAUAUGAUGACGACAAAGAUGAGGAUUUAGCGUCAUUCCAUCCCACGGACUACAACAUUAGAUCACCUAUUAAGUCAGUAACCAGUAGAACUUCGAAGCGUGAUACAUUCAGAUCAAUGACUGAUAAUGUUCUAAGUAAGAACAAUAUACAACUGCUAUCACAGCACCUGGUCGUUCACAAUAUUGAUGAUAUUGUAAAUAUAUCUAAUCUGAAAGAAAUAAUCACCAACAACACUUACAUGAAUGAGAGACAAGGUACAAGUAAAAUAAUAAGAAAUUCUGCACUGAAUGAUUUAGACAAAGGUGCACAAUAUUUGUCAUUAUCUGUCAAAAAGAGUGAUUUCAAAGACAUGAAAGUUGUGGGCCAGUUUAAUUUGGGGUUUAUUCUAGUCACUAGAAACAUGGGUAGCAAUUAUGACCUGUUUAUUGUAGAUCAACAUGCUAGCGACGAGAAGUUUAAUUUUGAGAACUUGCAACAAACUACAAGGUUCAAAUCACAAAAAUUAAUUUCGCCAGAAACUAUUGAAUUAAGUGUCAUUGAUGAACUAAUAGUAAUGGAUAAUCUAAGUGUAUUCGAGAGAAAUGGGUUUAAGAUUGAAAUAGAUGAAGAUGCAAUGGCAGGACACAAGGUCAAGCUGAUUAGCAUUCCAGUCUCAAAACGAACAAUAUUCGGAGUUGCAGAUUUCCAAGAACUGGUAUACUUGAUUAAAGAGGAUGGAGGUACAAACAAGAGUAACAUAAAAUGUAGUAAAAUACGAGCAAUGUUUGCAAUGAGAGCUUGCAGAAGUAGUAUCAUGGUUGGAAAACCGCUAAAUAUGAGAACCAUGACGAGGGUGGUACAAAACCUGAGUACUCUGGAUAAGCCUUGGAAUUGUCCUCAUGGCCGCCCAACUAUGAGGCAUCUAAUGGAGUUGCAAAAUUGGAAGUCGUUCUCGGAAGACUAUAAAUUAUAA